AUGCAAGAGGCGCGGAUGCGCCCAUGGCAAAUCGGUCGUCUCACGAUGCUCCAUUCUUCCCUAGGCCAUCAAUGGGAUGAGCUUUUCGAUAGACCCGAAACUUCGCCCCGCUGGAAUCAACCCAUCGAUCUACAACUACCCAUCUUGGAAAUUAUGGCGGUACUCAGUCAGCGUGGGGAUGUGCCGCCGCUCAAUGAUUAUACAUCGGCUGAGUGGGCCGAGGACUUUGAGCGGUUUGCGCCGGAGUUCUUAGCCUAUGAGCGUGAGGGCCGGGUGUCAGAUUACGGCUGGGAACGGCUCAUGGAUGUGACAUAUGCUGAUUAUUCCCAUAUUCGCCAUGCUCGACAGCUUGCCGCAGCCUUAGGUCGGAGUAUGUAG